UGAUUAUUGCUGUUGAGAAAACAAAGCCCCCCAAAUACAAGCACGCGCUUGACUCACGAGAGCCUCGGUUUGGGACGUGAUUUCGGAAGUUGGGGCCGCGGAGGUGCACGUGAAGGAGGCGAAGAAGAAGAAGGAAGAAAGAGGAUUUGUAGAUAAAAUCAUUUCCCGCCAGGACGGCAGAGGUGGACUGACGUCGUUUGUUGUUGUUGUUGAUGUUAGUAGUUAUUAAUAAGGUAAGAUCCGAGUGACUUCCGGCCAUGGAGGACGUGAAAGCCGUGCACAGGUCGUCCUGCUUCAGCAUCAAGAGCCUCCUGCUGCCCUCCUCCACCUCCUCUUCGUCCUCUUCAGCAGCUGGUUUCCCCGGGACUCUGCCUCCUUCUCCGGGCUCCGACUCCGGGAGGUCGGCGGAGCUGCCGGAAGUGGACUCCACAGCGGCGGCGGCGGCGGGGAGCUCGGACCCGGAGAAGACGCUCAAGGAGGACGAGGAGGGCGGAGUCGGGGAGUGCGACAAGGCGGUCCAGGAGCACACCUCCACCACCGGAGGCGGCGGCGCCACGGGCAAAAACGGCAAACUGGAUAAGCCUCCGUUCUCGUACAACGCCUUGAUCAUGAUGGCCAUCCGGCAGAGCCCCGAGAAGCGUCUGACGCUCAACGGCAUUUACGAGUUCAUCAUGAAGAACUUUCCGUUCUAUCGAGAGCACAAGCAAGGCUGGCAGAACUCCAUCAGACACAACCUGAGCCUCAACAAGUGCUUCGUUAAGGUUCCGAGACACUACGACGACCCGGGUAAGGGCAACUACUGGAUGCUGGACCCCAGCAGCGACGACGUUUUCAUCGGCGGGACCACCGGGAAGCUCCGCCGGCGCUCCGCAACCUCCCGGGGAAAGCUGGCCAUGAAGCGGGGCCUGCGCUUCGCUCCGCUGGGCUUGGGCAUCAACGAGCGCCCGAACAACCCUCUUUACUGGCAGAUCUCCCCGUUCUUGUCCCUGCACCACCACCAUCACCACCCGCACUACAACGGCUCAUCGCCCGGCUUCCUCAACCAGGCAGCCGGCUACGGGUCUCUCCUGCCCGGCGUGGAGCAGCUAGGGAACGGGGACCUGGGUCGCUCCAUUCUUGGGGGCUCCGGCGCGCUUGGUUUGACGAACUCGUACGGCAUGAGCACGUCGCCCGUGGGGCUGCUAUCCGGACAGACUGCGGGCUAUUUUGUCUCAGGGAGCCAACACGGGGGGGCGCCAGGACCACCGGUAACCGGAGCCGGAGCCCCGCCGCCGCCGCCACCUCCUCCACCUCCGCCGCACCUGCAGCAGAGCGCGUCGGGCUACGGCGGGCUGGCGAGCAGCAGCCCCCCGCAGUCGCUGCUUUCGGACUCGCUGAGGACCAGCUCGGUGCCGGCCUUCUCCUCCGGCGUGUCGGUGGGCUUCCCCGGGGUGCUCAGCCACCAGAAGAGGGUAACACCGAACGCCUUCUUAAACUGACCCCCGUGUUGGACGCACAGAGACCACCUUUAAUAUCAAGCACUGCUGGCAAAAAAGAAAUAUAUUCAAAUAUAUAUAUAUAUAAAUAUAUAUAUACGAUUUGGAACAUUUUAUUGUCAUGUUGUUGAAAAAGGGACAAAGUUGUGUUGCCAAAGGUAACAAACUAUUUAUAUAUCUGUACAAAAUGUACACUUUUUUCUUAUUUAUGCUUUCUAUUUAUUCUAUUUAAAAUGUGGGCUGGAGCAAGCGGGUCCAAUCAGACAAAUUCAAGCUUAUUUAUGCAUUUUAGCAAGACAAUCAACUUCUCUUUGCGGCAGGAAAAGUCAUAAUAUAAUAAUAGUAAUAAUAACAAUAAUCAUAAUCAUAAUUAAGAAGCCUUAAAUGAGCCAGUAAGACAAUCAGGGUUUGAAAUUCUCUCAGGUUGGACCCAACAGGCCUUCCAAAAUGUCCAGUUCCAACUUUAUUGAAAAUGUGAAUUUUCAAAAUAAGACACAAAUUGCAAACAGAAGAUUUGUGGGUUUUUUUAGCACAUGUCAAAUUAUGCAACUUUAAUGUUUUUUUUUUUACGUUAGUCUUGAAUAGGCAGAUCUACAUGUGUGUGUGUGUGUGUGUGUGUGUGAGCAUGAAACAUAAGUGUGCACGUUCACAGAGCAGCUGAACUUUCAAUUUAGUCAUUCUAAAGAAUUCAGCAAAAUAAAACAUUUACUUUAUUGACCCGUUCUGCUCCCAUAAAACACCAUUGAAUAUUUUUCACACACACACAUACACACACACACACACACACGUUAUGAGGCAGGUUGCAUUGUCACGGAAACAACAUUUUUUGGGAGGUUAAAGGUCAAAAUGUUGGUUUUGUUGUUUAGUUUUGAAAGGGCGUCGGCAGGAAGUUUCUGAUUUGUUUUUAUUUUUCAGCGCCUUUAUUAUUUUUAGCGGCUUUCGCGGCCAGAUUUAUCGUUUCAGCAUUAGCGUCGUGUUUGAGCCGAAAGGUUUCGGAAAAAGUGGUUAAAAAGGUUGUGGAGUGAAGAUUAAAAGAAAAGGUAAAAGAAGAAAAGAUAAGAAAAGACAAAGCAGGGAAUUGAUGCUGAGCCGCCAUGUUGGGCCUCGGAUUGGGACUUUUAUUCUGCAAAAUGUCCUGAAAGCAACUUCCUGAGCGGAUUUUUAUUUUGUAAAAUCAUUCAUUGACUUCUUUUUCCCUCAUCAGGAAUAACAUUUGUGGAAAUAAAAGCCGAACGGCUGGGAAGCAUUUUUAUGUUGAAUGCCGGAGGCCCCACCACUACAAAAUCUACAGAGAACGUUAACAAAAUAAAAGCACAAAGCUAUCAUUACAACAUUUUUGUUGUUUUCAAUUUUCCCACAUGACUUUUGUUUUUGUAUUUUUGUUUUUUCAGGUUUUUUUUCUUUGCACUUUUGUGGUUAGCGUUCACUUGUUAUGAAAAAGUCUGUGAUGUUUUUCUUCAUGUUUUGUUUUGGUUUCCGGAGAAACUAAACUUGAUUAAAAAGGAAGAAAUAAUAAGAAAAAAAAAGUCUGAUUGGUGUUAAUGCUACAAAAAAAAAAAACAUAUUUAUACUUUUUAAACUCAUGGUUCCUGCUUUUAUAUUUGUAGCGUGAUUAUAAAUCAUCUUUGCACUUAUUAUAAUUAUUACUUGUCAUUACAUGUCUAUUUUUCAUAUUUUAAUCAGGAUAAAUAUUAGCACAAAUGUUUGCAAUUGAAAAGAAGGGAAAUUACUGUGAGCACGGGUAUGGAGGAUUGAUUUAUUAAUUUUUCUGAAUGAAAAUGAAAAUAUUGAGGGCAAAAUGUUCCAACAGGAAGUCAAGAGGAUAAAAAGGGGAAAAUACGGGCGUUUCCCCAGGAAAAACGACUACGAUAAGCACAUGAAUGAGCGUUAAAAGAAGUGAAAUUGAAUAUGACUUAGAAUAUAAGUCAAAUAUAAAUCCUCUAUUAUAUUAAUAUUAUAAUAUUCUCUCCAGUUGGAGUCAUUAAUGUGGUGCUGUAGAUUGUUUGGUGCCAACUGCAAAUAAAAAGUACAAUAAGACUAAAUUAUAUAUGUGACUGUGUCACAUCCGCUGGAAAACAUGAAAUAUUCAUCAUAUUUAUUAUUAAUAUUAGGAUUAUGUGCCCAUAUGUCAUACACACUGACACCUCCAGCACAUGCAUUCGCCCGUCGCUAUCAAGUGUGUGUUCACUAAAUAAGUUGAAAUGCCAGUUAUUUACAUUAACAUGUAAAUAUUAUGUUAUGAUGCUAUUUCAUAUCAUUGCUGUUCAUAAUAAUUUCAUUACAGAAAUCACUAUAGCAUCUCAUGUCACCUAUAAAACCACAUUUUUGUUUUUUUUUCCAUUUCAACCUUCUCACAAUCACACACACACACACACACACACACACACCGGGAAU